AUGAGCCACGGCGUACCCCGCGUCUCCGGCACCGCCACCACAUCCGGCAAGAGCGAACAGGCGCGGGCAAAGGAACGACAACAGAUUGAGCAAUACAAGCAACUCGAAGGCGAUGUGAGAGCGAGAAUCUCCGCCCAUGACUACUCCAACGCCAGCCUCCAACUCACCUCCAAACUCCUCUCCCAAAACCCCGAAUACUACACCAUCUGGAACGAUCGGCGGCGCAUUCUGCAGCAUGUCUUCGAGCAAGAGCUGGGGGAAGGGGGCAAGAGCACCACAGCCCCACAGCAAGACAUAGACGCCGCACACAAGGCCGGCCUCAGCCUCCCCCAGCGCGAGAUCAGUCUACUCAUCCAAGAAGACCUGCACUUCCUUCUCCCCCUCCUCAAGCAGUUCCCCAAAUGCUACUGGAUCUGGAACCAUCGCUCAUGGCUCCUCCGCUACGCCACCUCCCAUCUCCCCCCGCACGCAACACUGGAACUGUGGCAGGCCGAACUGGGCUUGGUCAGCAAGAUGCUCGCUCUCGACAGCCGCAACUUCCACGGUUGGAGCUAUCGGCGAGAAGUCAUUGCCGAGAUGGAGAAGCUGAGUGGAAGCGGCAUGGCCGAGAAAGAGUUUGAAUACACCACUCGCAUGAUUGGAACGAAUUUGAGCAACUUCUCCGCCUGGCACUACCGCUCGCAGCUCAUCUCCACCCUAUUGCAGAAUCGCCGAGCAGACAGCGAGCAGAGACGAAGCACAUUUGACGCCGAGCUCGAGCUCAUCACUCGCGCCCUCUACACCGACCCUUACGACCAGAGCCUUUGGUUCUACCACGAAUACCUCAUGGCCACCCUCGAUUCCUCGAAUGCGGGUGCGCAAAUCAUUUUACACCCCUGCACCGAUGCCGACCGAACGGCAUACCUCUCACAAGAGCUGGACAGCAUCCGGGAAAUGCUGGAUGGAGCGGAGGAUUGCAAGUAUAUUUACCAUGCUUUGCUACAGUACGCAAACAGGCUAAUCGGCCUUGGAGGUCAUGGUGCCCCAACCGCCGAGAUGAAGGAAUGGCUGUCGGAGUUGAGGAAGAUGGAUCCCCUACGAGCUCGGCGGUGGGAGGAUUUAGAGACAAAGCUGAAACUGUAG